AUGUCGGACGACGGAAUGGAGGUCGGGGACACGUACGACUACGAGGAGCCGGAGCACAUCGAGUACGACGCCGCUCUCUCUCCCGGCGCCGGUGACGGCGAGGACAACAUCAUUGUCUCGGGCGACGUCCCCGAGGGCAAGCAGCGCACGGGCAAGGCUGCCGUCGCCAACGAGGUCCGCAUCACGACGCCGUACAUGACCAAGUACGAGCGGGCGCGUGUGCUCGGAACACGAGCGCUUCAGAUUUCGAUGAAUGCCCCCGUCCUUGUCCCCGUCGAGGGUGAGACGGACCCGCUCGAGAUCGCCCUCAAGGAGCUCGCGGCCAAGAAGAUCCCCCUCGUCAUCAGGCGGUACCUUCCCGACAACUCGUUCGAGGACUGGAAGGUCGAGGAGCUCAUCGUGCAGGAGUAG